UCUCGUGGUAUUUAAAUCCUCAUUUCAGCAAAUAAUUGAUUUCAAUCACAAACUGUAGAGAUUUGUUAGAAUAAGAGGAAAAGGUCUAGAGGAGGGAAAAGAGGGAGAGAGGAUCAUCUCAAUGGCGUCGAUUUUGAGUAAUGUAGGUGCAGGGCUGUGUUACAGUCGGUCAGCGCCAUGCGAGGGGUGGAAGCGAGGCCGUGGUUCUGUGGUGCCUAGGCGAUUUGUGAUGGUGAGAGCAGAGGGCGGCGGGUCUAUUAAUCCUGAUAUCAGGAAGAGUGAAGAGAAGGUGGUGGACUCUGUUGUGGUGACCGAGCUCGCUAAGCCUCUUACUCCUUAUUGCAGGUGUUGGAGGUCUGGGACAUUUCCUCUCUGUGAUGGAAGCCAUGUGAAGCACAACAAAGCUACUGGGGAUAACGUUGGACCUUUACUUUUGAAGAAGCAGUAGAAGUAAUCUAUCAGAAACCCUGAUUAUCUUUUCUAUUUCAUGUUGAAUUUGCAAAAUAUACUGCAGUGCUUUAAACAUUCAUCAUAUUCAUGUUCA